AUGCUCUUCCGCUUGCUCCUGGUCGCCCUCACAGCCGCCUCCCCCAUUCACCACCUCCCAACCAACACCACACAAACCACCACCUCCACCCUCCGCCUCCUCCUCACAAUCACCACCCUCGAAGCAUUCCUCUACGCCCAAGGCUGCACUGAACUCGACCCCUUCGCCUUCGCCUCCGCGGGUUACGACAGCACCGUCUACGAAAACAUCUGCGGGAUCGCUCUCGAGAAGGCCGCAAUCGUGAUGGACUUCGAGGGAUUGCUUAAGGCGCUUGGACAGCCUUCGGGAGGUGUGGAGUGUGAGUAUAGGUUUGGGCAUGGGAGUGUGCAAGGUUUGGUUGAAACGGCGAGGGAGGUGGGUGCGGUGGGCGUUGGGGCGUUUUUGGGGGGUGUGCAGGCCACGCAAAGCGUUCCUCUCCUCCAAACAUGGAUCGCCAGUCUCGCUACGACUGAGGCUCGCCAUGAUGCCUUCCUUCGUGCGGAGACUGGUGCUCUCCCAGCGCCUUCCAUUCACGAUGUCUCUCUGCCCCCGACGUGGGCGUAUAACCUCAUCCAGAAAUGGAUCCACGCAUGCCCCAAACCUCUACCAUAUCCAAUCUUCCCUCAAUUGAACUCCACAACCUCCUGGCAGCCCGGUCAUAACCAAACCGACGACGCAAUCGAUACAAACCUCACAAUCAGUCUCUCCUGGCGACCGAGCGAGUUCGCCGUCGAGGUAUCGCCACGGCAACCACUAUACCUCGCGGUGGUCGACAACCUCCCCGGCGCCAAGCCCAUGAUCCUGGACGUGCAGAGGAAGACAAUGAAUGGCACCGUCCACGCAGGAGACGCGGUCAUUCCAGGGCAGUUUGCGGGAGGCGUUGCGUUCGCGGCGUUGACGACGUUCGUGGAGCUGAACAGUGUGGACGAUCUGGUGCAGUAUGGAACGCUCGCCGGGCCGGUCGAGUUUGUGUGGUCGUAG